UUAUUUUACCCUAUUACUCUUUUUCUCUCAAACACAAAAAAAUGGUAUCGCCAAAGAAAAGUUCAGGCUCUCGACCGCCUACCGAAAACAAGAAGUCAUCAUCAUCGCCCUGCGAUAAAUCUCCUCCUUCGCAACGUCCAAAGGCAAAUGAUGAUAAUGUGGAUCCGUUUGAGAAAUCAAUGACACCACCGCAGACGGCAAAUGAUUUAGGCUCAACUGAUCAAUCAAAAUUCGGCGGCAACAAUUCAAUCGGAAAAGUUGAUGGUGCGACUAUCGGAAAAACAAUCAUGAUCACCGAAAAAGCUAUGACACCUGUCAUAGAAGGCAAGCGUUUUAUUUACUCAAUUCAUCCAUUUUAUGUACUUAUCCGUGUAUAA